CUGGAAAAAGGAGAGUCAGGAGAAAUGCUUCACUGUUAACCUUCUUUGGUUGAAGACCUAAUCCCAGCCCGGGGCCCUUGGGGCCCUUGACCACAUUCCUGGGGGUCUCAUCCCCCAAAAGCCCCAAAGAGGAUGGAGCUGGAGGAAGGCUUCAAUGGGAACCCAGCGCUUGGCGCUCGGAGCGGCUCCGCCAUGGCCAUCAUCGGCGCCGAAGACGAGGAUUUCGAAAACGACAUCGAGCCCUUCCAGAACCCGGAGGCCCAGAGCGGCCUGUUCCAGAGCCUGAAGGUGCUCAAGUCCCACCCGACCUACCUGAUGGCCUUCCUGCAGCAUGUCGUCCUGCAGUUCGACUCCAGCCCCGUGCUCUGCUCCCUUCACGCGGACCUCAUCCUCAACCGCUUGGGACCCAAAGAAGCCAAGAAGCAGUUUGUCGAAUUCUGCCACAUGUUUUUGGACAAAGCCGGGGUCAGUAAACAACAACAAAUAAAUAAAUAAACAAACAGUGCUUCCUCCUUCCCA